AUGGUGGACCUUAAGGCGGCGACGAAGAGGCAAGCUGAUAUUGCAACAUGGGUCUUGUGGGACCUAAGCAGGUGUCCUGUUCCCUCCGACGUUGAUGCUCGUCGUGUGGGUCCGUUUAUAAGACGGGCGUUGAAGAGUUUAGGUUACAACGGUGAUCUCACCAUCACCGCCGUUGGCAUACUUUCACAAGUCCCUAUUGACGUCCUUCGAGCCCUCUCUUCCACUAGGAUCAACCUUCAUCACGUCCCCACCAUGUCGGAUAAUCCGCCUCCGGCUAAUGUCAUGCUCAUAUCCCUUCAGAGGAUCUUCGGUCAGUUUAUUGCCGAUCUAUCGGAGAAAUACUACGUUCUUGGCUCAAAAGUUCCAUAUGAUCGUCAACUAGAGCCCACCGUCUUCGCUAGGCAGGCCAAGAAGGAGUGCAGUGGAACAACGGGUAAAUCUACAUUUUAUUGCUCAGGAUGCUGUCUUGGUCUCUUAGGCUUUGAAAGUUUCACCAAGCAUAUCCUCAGUAAAGAACAUGCACUUGAUGAGUUGGAUUAUUACCCUGGGGGAGUUGAGUCUGGCAAUGAAUCUCGUGCUCGCAAGGAGGAUGCUGCUGCCAUUCUAGCAAGGCUACAAGGUUUUAGAGAGGCCAGAAGACUUGAAGAAGAAGAAGAAGAAGCCAAGUACAAGAAACAAAGACUUGAAGAUCCUUAUUAUGAUGAAGAAUAUGACUAUGAAGCAGAAGCAGAGUAG